AUGACGAAGUCGAAGGAAACCACUCAGGUCCAGGUUGAGCCUAUGGACGAAAGAAAAGUGGGUAUUAAUGAUUCACUUUCAGCAACCCUGUCGAGAUUCAGAGAUUUGGACGAUGGUCCAGGCACUCGUAGAGGCUUGAAAUCUAGACAUAUUCAGUUGAUCGCUUUGGGAGGAGCCAUUGGAACUGGUCUUUUCGUUGGUUCUGGUGGAGGUUUGGCAACCUCAGGUCCAGCAGGCUUACUUGUUGGAUACUUGGUGGUUGCACUUUUCGUGUGGUUUAUCAUGAACAUGAUGAGUGAGAUGGUGACAUUGCUUCCCCUUCCUGGUGAAGGAACUUUAUAUGCUAUGUCCAGAAGAUACGUUGGCAGGUCCUUCUCGUUCACCACUGGCUGGAACAUCUACUACGCACAAGCCAUGAUUCCUCCCACGGAAAUCACUGCCUGUGCGUUUGUUAUUGAGUAUUGGAGUAGUGCCAACCCAGCAAUCUGGAUCUCUAUCUUCUUGGUCAUCACCAUCUUGAUCAACGUGUUGCCGGUCAACUUUUUCGGAGAAUCAGAAUUCUACGUGUGUAUCAUCAAGAUUCUCUGUAUCACCGGUUUGAUCAUCUUGGGUAUUGUGAUUUUCUUUGGUGGAGGUCCUAAGCAGCACGGAGUGUUGGGAUUCAAGUACUGGAAGGACCCAGGUGCGUUCGUCGACCACUUGGUUCCUGGCAGCACCGGUAAGUUCUUAGCUUGUUGGACUGGUAUUAUCAAGGCAGGAUUUGCUUUCAUUUUGAGUCCAGAGUUGAUUACCUCUUGUUCUCUGGAGGCCGAGUAUCCAAGAAGAAACUUGCCCAUCGUUUGCAGAAGAUUCAUCUACCGUUUAUUUGUUUUUUACAUUUUGGGUGUAUUGGUGAUUGGUGUCAUUGUCGCAUCAGAUGACGAUGGUUUGAUGGGAGCCAUCAAGUCGGGCUCCUCCUCUGCCAAGGCCUCGCCAUUUGUCAUUGGAAUGACGAAUGUUGGUAUUCACACCUUGCCUCACAUCAUUAACGCUUGUAUCUUGACCUCUGCAUACUCUUGUGGUGCCGGAAUGCUUUAUGGUGCUUCGCGUGGUUUGUACUCGAUGGCUUUGCAAGGUGAUGCUCCCAAGGUGUUUGCUAAGACCAACCGUUGGGGUGUGCCUAUCUAUGCUGUCGCUGUGAGUGCGUUGUUUAACUUUUUGGCCUACCUCAACUGCUCUAACUCUGCAUCUCAGGUGUUCUCGUGGCUCUCUAACAUUGCCACAAUUGCUGGAUUCAUUUCGUGGAUGUUCGUUGCCAUUACCUACAUCAGAUACAGAAAGGUCAUUGAGUACCACAAUUUGACCGACAGAGUGCCUUACAGACCACCAUUGCAGAUGAUUGGAGCAUACAGUGCUGCAAUUUUCUUCUUUAUCUUGACAUUGACCAACGGUUACGCUGUGUUCAUCAAGGGCAACUGGGACACCUCGAACUUCUUCUCCUCGUACAUUACUUUGCUUGUGGUUGUGGUGAUUUACAUCAUUAGUCUUACAUUGUUCAAGGAGUGGGGUAAGUGGCAGAAACAUCCUAGUGAAGUUUACAUGUUGGAUGUUCUUGAGCUUGCUGAUGCCGAGGAGGAAGAACACAAGGCUGAGUUUGAUGCCAAGAUGGAGACCCGCAAUGGUUUCGGGUGGAAGAUCUUCUAUUCUAUCUUGUGA